GAUCGUGAGAAGACAAGUCGUUGCUGCCGUUCGCAAUCGCCGCCCCUCGUCCUGCACACGAUACCACAAUGGUCGGGUGUGUGCUUAUUCGUUCCCUACUGGGACUAACGCUGCUGUUCGCGCUAUGCCUGGCAAGUGUGUCAAGUUCCACUUCAGCUGACGAUUCUGAUCCAGUUUCCCCCGCGUCCAGUUCAUCUUCAUCCGAAGACGAUACUCCGGUCCCAUCUGGCUGCGGUGAAGGUUGGUCCGCUUUCAGACAAGGCUGUUACGUCAUCGAGAAAUUCCGCUUGGGAGUGACGUUCCAGAGAGCUUAUAGACAGUGUCGCCACCGGGAUUCGGAGCCGGCGGAGCUCAGAACACGUGAAGUCCAUCAGCUAGUGGCCGAACUGUCCAAGUCGGAAAACAGCUGGAUCGGUCUUACCGAUGUGCGUCGGGCUCCUACCCCACAACAGCCUAUUCCUUACUGGAUCUACGGCAAGCGUACACUGGAGGGAUCCAGCUAUCAGCCGAGAAUCGAAACCGCCUUCUACCAGCAAUGGAAUGGUCAGACCUGCUUCUACAUGAAUGGAACGGGGAGCAUCGUCACCAGCAAAUGCACAAGACGGGUCCGGGCGGUCAUCUGCCAGAAGCCCAGAGCAGAUGUCCAGGUCUGCCCAAGAUGCACUAUCAAGAGAAGGAGCGAGGAGGAAAGGCACCUGGUUGAGAAGUCUCGCUGCAGCGACUUCCUGAUUGUAGCAAGGAUGGCCAAGGAGAGCAACAGCCAUUUCCUGCUCGACAUCAAGGCCAUCUGCUCCAAUACCUCUGCCGCCUUUGGCAUCCUCUCCGACAAGUAUGCCGUACAGAAGUCAACAGCCUACUGCGUUCCCGUGGAGAGACAACCUGAGCCCAAGCUCCUGCCCGUCCAGAAGCCCCUUGCCAGCCCAAUGACGUCACGCUGCAAGCAACCAUGCGGGCUGGGUCUGAGGUCGCGCCACGAGUACCUUCUCGCCGGCACCGUCCAUGGCAUCACGGGAGAGUUCUCGUUCCAACCUGGCGUGGCGAUUCGCUGGGCUCGUGCCAAGAGCUACUUCGCGUCCCCACUGGCGACCCCCACCUGUGGACGGUAACAUGCCCCUAGGCAUGGAUACUGGAUGACUGUACUCAGUAACUCUUUGCAUUUUACAGGCUGUGUUUUAUUAUUACGAAGUAGUGGUUGCGACUUCGGCGAUGAUUUGAUGAUUUGUAAGAAAGCGAGCUCCAGUGUGGGGA